AUGCCUCCUAGGAAGCUGAAAGGAGCUGCUAAGGCUUCCCAUCAGCGCAGGGCAUCAGCUGGUACCCCCAAGCCGCCCUCCCGUCUCCUCGAGGAUGCAGCCUCACCACCACCUACAAGUACAGUCCGGAGGGAAAAAAGGCCUAAGAGAGUAAUCGAACUUGAAGACGAAGACGCACCGGUUGAUACUAUCAGCAGGUUCGGCGACUUCCAGGUCUUCAUUCUCGUCACUAGGGAAAAGAACCACGAGUACCCUCAAGCACCCUGGACGGUCAAUCCAUUCAGGUCUUCGGCCGAUUAA